AUGCUCGUCUUUCUGGCUGCUUUUGUCGCGCUAGCGUCUGCUAACUGUCCUCUUGGUACUGUCUAUCACCAGGAAUUCAAUCGGUGCUAUAAAUUCGACAGCACAGCGCAGCCUUUCUAUCUAGCCGAGGAGGCUUGCAUUUCAAUCGGUGGACAUGUGGUGUCAAUCUCCAAUGGCUAUGAAAAUGCCAUGCUCUCAGAAACUGCUCCAAGCGCAGAAAUUGCAACGUUCUCUCCCAGCGAUUCACACAUUGAGCUCGAACACGUUGGAGCUGGUGCGGUGACGCGCUCUCCUCCGGUCAACUACACCAAUUGGGCGACAGGACAGCCAGCUGAUGGAACUACUUGCGCCGUACAGAAUAGUAAAGAUGGUACUUGGACAUCGGUGUCGUGCAACAGUGCCUACGCUUACGUUUGCGCUGUGACAGCCAGUUUCCCAGCGCCAACAUGUCCUCCGUGUCCAACUCCAGCCGGGGUUUUGUCCAACUAUGUCCACCCAUCGUCGGCCACUGCGAUUCCGGAUGGGCUUAUUUCGACAAGACUCGACCUGAGUAAUGCUACAGAUACUUCCUUUUCGCUACCUUCGACAAUGCUGAGACUGUUUGUAUGUCAGAAGGAGGGCACCUUACAUCAAUUCACAGCCAAGAGGAGAACAUAUUUGUUGCCGACAUCUCCAAAGCCGGAGUGGAAUACAAGAAAGAGGAUGAUCUGA